GUUAUAUUUUGUUUCACAUUCGCUUGAUUAUCGAUCGUGGCAUUUGUAUAAUUUACUCGUACGAAGAAUAUUAAUUUCGACUGGAAGUAUCGGAAAAUUUUCAAGUGUGAAUUGAAUCAAUCAUUCUUUCCUAUAAAAAAACCUUGCAAAAACUAUGCGGAAAUUGAACGUCGGAAUUAUCACAACAUGUAUCGUAGGUCUUGCUGUUUCUUAUUACGCAUACUCUAUAGAAGUUGCAAAGGAAAAUGAUAAUUUAUACGAAGCAAUGUGCGAUAUCAGUGAGCACGUUAGUUGCACAAAAGCAUUUUUCUCUGAAUAUGGAAAAGGUUUUGGAAUAAUUCCAAAAACAUCUCUUUUAUAUAUACCAAAUCCUAUAUAUGGGUUAAUAUUUUAUACUUUAGUCGCAAUACUGAGUGUGUCAAAUCGAUAUGUUACAUCAAUUUUGGUUGUAACAUUAGGAAUUUUUGCAAACAUCGGUACAAUUUUUUUAGCUUUAAUUUUAUACAAAUUAAAUAAUAUUUGCGUGGUCUGUGUUAGUAUUUAUAUCUUAAAUGCCAUUCUUUUAAUAUUUGCGAUUAAGAAACAUCGAAGAUUAUUUCGAAAUGGUAUAAAUCAACAAAUAAAAUCGAACUAAAUAUUGAUUUUUUAAAAUCUAGAUUUUCUGAAUAUCAUUUUUUUUUAAAAAGUCCCUAUGAGUCCCUAUGAAUAGACUGUAUAAUUGAUAUGAUAUUAAUAUUAUUCAUUAAAUAUCGAUAUAUAUAGUCUGAUUUAUUAAAAUUUUAUACAUUAUUUUAGUAAAGCAAUUUGUAUAUAUCUUUGUAUAUAUCAAA